AUAAAACUUUUUAUCAAAAUGAUAGGGUGGAGUUACAAUUAUUAGGUUACAACUCUCAUCCCAUCUCCUCUUCUUUCAUGAAAUUACCUCAUCUUCUUCCUUUCAUUCCUUCUGUAAUUAUUAAAUUUCAUCCUAUAAAGUAUAAACACAAAAAACAUAUUUUCUUUCAACAAUUUGUUGAUUAAUUUUACAUUUCACACACAAUUAUUGGAAAUUCAUCCAAAAAAUGCAAACAACAGAUGGUAAUAAUGAGAACAUUCCAACAUCCCCUAGUCAAUUGUCACCAAUAUUGCAAAUUUCAAAACAUGAACCUCUUUCACCACAAUCUCCAUCGCCUAAAGUUUCAAUUCAAGGGCCACAAAAUUCUACACAUGGAGAUCUUUCAUCGCAAUCACCAUCGUUGUCUCAAUCACAAAAUUCAAAUCAGGCACAUUUCUCCUCAUCCUCAUCAUCAUUACAUAAUUCGACGAAUGCAUCUCAUUCCGUUAUACCAACUACAACAACAAAUAUGUCAAAUGCCAUGUCACCACCACCAAAAAAUCCCCUUUGUGGACCGCUCUUGCCAGAACAAUUGUCAUCAUCAUCAACACGAAUUCCCUGGCCAUUAAUGCCACUACCACAACAACCACCUCCGUGUCACCAACCCUCUACGAUGCCAUUAUUCCCACCAAUGGGGAUGCCACCACCAUUUCCAUACUUCCCUGUGCCCUUUCCUCUUGACCAAUUUUAUCAUCCAACGCUCCCUAGAAAUAUCAAUAAUGCCUCUAAUGGCCAAAUUUAUAGUCAACCUUGGUCCACAGGCCUUUUCGAUUGUUUUGAUGACAUCAAGAAUUGUUUUAUUACAUGUAUAUGUCCCUGCGUUACGUUUGGGCAAGUGGAUGAGAUUUUAUCUGAAGGGCAAAUGACUUGGUGGGAAGCUGCGUUAAUGUUUGGACUUGUGGAAUUGUUAUGUUGUCAAGCAUCAUUCAUUUUUGCAUGGUAUCAUCGUCUGCUAUUCAGAAAAAAGUACAACUUGAUGGGUAAUCUAUUCAGUGAGCUUGCAAUUACUCUAUGCUGUAUGAGAUUGGUCCUUUGUCAGAAUUAUCGUCAGCUUAACAAACUUGGGUUUGAUGUAGCUCUAGGAUGGAAAGCAAAUAAAAAGAAACGAAGAAGAAUAUCAAGCCAAGCUGCAGUACAAUUUGUGCCACCAAUGGCUAAUCCAGGGAUGUUUAGAUGAAUAGAAGAUUGAUUGCAUGAGAUUGUUGCAAACUAGUGAGAAAUGGUUGAAGAAAAUUAUAGAUUUUUAUUAUUUAAAAACAUUAUAUGACACAAAAGGAGGGAUUGAAUUGUUGAAUUCUACACAUUGAAGAAUAAUCUAUAUGCUAUGUACCCACUUUUUGGAAAUUAAACUGGGAUAUAUCAUGCUCCUUUUUCUAUAACUUAUUUCUUCGAUCACAUGAAGUCAGUUUCAAUGAAAGAAUAGUUCUUCCA